AUGGCGAGCGGACAGAAUGAGGAGGAGUUCAGUGUGAAGGCCGGCCAAAACGUGGGCCAAGCACAAGUCAGUGACAACAACACCAACUCUUCUCAAACUUCAGGUUUUUUCCAGCAGAAAGGGGAGAAGGUGAAGAGCAUGGCACAAGGAGCAUCAGAAGCAGUGAAGAACAAACUGGGGAUGAACAGUGACAAGGACAAUGAUUAUAAGAACAAGAACCCUUUGGGCAGGAAGAAUCCUAACAACACAACUUGUCCAAGCAUGCCUGGUCAUCCUCCUUCCGAUAUUUAA